ACUGGCGUACAUUUACCGCCCGUUCAUACCAGAAGGGGUCAGUCAACAAGACAGUGGAGCUGCUAGUUAUUAUUAUUUAUUUUUAUAUAUAUAUAUUAUUAUUCGUGUCCGUUUGGGCGACAUUUAGAUUGCACUGUCCAUUUCAAUUUCCAGUCGACAUAUUCAGAAGAGUUUGUGUAGUGCCAGCCAAGCUUAAAAGACAUUUAGGAAAAAACCAGCAGCGGCUCAGCUGAUUGUGAAUAUUAUUACUUCUCUCUUUUAUCACAGCAAAACUAUCCGAUCUGAAUCACGUCUUAAUUCCUCCCUCUCUGUCUCUUUCACUUUCUCUUCUCUCAAUUUUUCGUUCAAUGUUUCUAUCUCUCUCGGUUCUCUCCUCACCGCUUCGUCUCUCUUUCUCUCUAUUAUUGACUGGUUAUUAUUUAACGGUGUGUGUCUGUGUCAUGAAUGCCUUACCCACAAUACAUGUGGCCGUCGGCGCCGCAAAAACAAGAACAAUAACAAAAGCGGUUGCAGAGAAUAUCAACAAUCUUGGACAUCGACCACGACACAUUACUACUACCACUACUACUACUACUACCCAACAACACCAUACAGAAUCUAACUUUCACCGACAUUAAAUGCCGACCACCACUACUACCCAUUACUAACAUAAGCAACAACAACAAUAACAACAGCAGCAGCAGCAGCAACAAUAAGGAGUUCUAUAAGCAGUAGCGGCAGCAUUAGCAUCAGCAGCAGCAGCAUUAACAUCAGCAGCAGCAGUCAGUCAGUCAGCUAAACUACCACCACGACGAUCACGACGACGACGAGUGCGACGGCAACCGCGGUAGAAGCGUCGGCGAUUGCCGGAUUCUGCCGAAGUGGAACUGCACCAGUAAUCGGUGCAUCUGAUUAGUCUCCGUAGUUGUCCGGACACUAAAUAGCUGUAUAUUAUUAUUCAAAAUGGCCUCAUCAACAUCAGCAGCAGUAGCGGUGACGGCGACUGGCAGCAGGUCGGCCACUCCGAAUGAAAAACAAGUCAUCAAGAUUGAACAUGCUGCAGUUCGGUCUUUGUGUACUGGUUCUAUCAAUGGGGAAACAACUCAUGGACAAGAAAACAUGUUAACUUUUGGUGACCUUGAAGAAGAUGUGAAACCGCUAAAUUUGGUUACUGAUGGUCAUCCAAUGACCACAACAACAGCAACAGUUCAACAAACAGGGUGUAUUACAACAACAGUUACAACACCCAGUGCCCAAACAAUACAUCAUAUCAUUCCUCAAUCCAUUUCCAUGCCACCCACUGGUUAUAUCAUCCAAGGACAGUUUGGUCAGCAAACUGUGAUCCCCAUUUCUGCUAAUCUGUCCUCUGGACUUUCCCUCUCAACUCAUGAUCUUCAGCAACUUCAUCAGCAACUUCAGCAACAACUUCAACACCAACAGCAACUUCAGCAGCAACAUCAGGCAGCAGCCAAUGUUGUACAGGCAGCCUUAUUACAACAGCAACAACAACAACAGCAGCAGCAACAACAGCAACAAUCUCCGACAGUGGCUUCUGUGGUUACGCAAGCAUGUCAGAUUACACAGCAGCCACAGCCACAACGUGUGCAAGCAGCUCCAGUGCAAACUUCUCCAAUUGUACCUAAAGCUCAAACGCAAGUUACGUAUUCUACAGCUUCCACAGCACCUCAGGUUGUGACUACUACUCCUCCGCAGCAAACAACUCCAUACCAAGGAAUGCAGCAGUUCGUUCUGGUCAAUCCUGCCCAGCUACCUUCAAGCUUACAACCACAAUUCAUUUUACAGAAUUCGGGAAUUUCAAUGAUGACAGCAACUGCUCUUGCUGCAGCCCAACAGCAACAGCAACAACAGCAGCAAGCAGCUGCAGCAGUGGCUGCAGCAGCAUCAGUUGUAACACAACCACCAGUGAAUAUAGUUGGUCAAAGUGGAGGACAGGUAGUGAGUAGUAGUACAGCAGUUCAACUAACAACAACACCACAGACAAUUAGUACCCAAUCAGUUCCUUCCAUCACAACAACGGCCACAACACCGUCUACUGCUACUGUUAGUGCAAUGUCAGCUGGUUCAACUGGAACUAACACUACAAAUUUGACCUCAUCAAUCUUAGUGUCUUCCCCGUCACCAUCACAAGUCCCCCUUCCAAUCCAGUCUGAAGAAAGCAUCGACUUAGAAGAACUGGAGCAAUUUGCAAAGACAUUCAAACGUCGACGAAUAGAACUUGGUUUCACGCAAGGAGAUGUUGGCUUAGCGAUGGGCAAAUUAUAUGGACAUGAUUUUAGCCAAACUACAAUAUCCCGUUUUGAAGCUCUUAACCUCAGUUUUAAAAAUAUGUGCAAACUAAAGCCCCUUCUGCAGAAAUGGUUAGCAGAUGCUGAUUCUAUAUCUUCAAAUCCUUCUUCUGUUCCGGGUUCUCCUGUUACGGCAGAAUCCAUUGGUCGCCGGCGCAAGAAGCGGACCAGCAUAGAGUCAUCAAUUCGUGUAGCAUUGGAGAAGAGUUUUAUCCAGAACCCCAAACCAUCUUCGGAAGAGAUCUCAAUGCUGGCUGACAACCUCACAAUGGAGAAGGAAGUUGUUCGUGUCUGGUUCUGCAAUCGGCGUCAAAAAGAGAAGAGGAUAAAUCCACCCAGCUCACUGACUGGGCCGCAACUGCAAAUUGUGCACAAUUUAACAAAUGCUGACCGUAACAUUGUCAGUGCAGUCCAACCACCCAUGACCUCUGCCCAAAUUAUGAAUAGUGUACUCUCUAAUGUGACAGCAGCAGCCAAUGGUCGCACCGCUACAACUACUACAACUGCUACUACCACUACUACAGGCAGAGAAUAUGUGACUACUGCCAAUAACACCACUAUUACAACUACUUCCAACAAUGCUGUUGUUAAUAAUAGUACAGCAAUGACGUCACUAGUAACAUCAAUCCCAACACUAACUGUAAGUACCCCACUGAACAUGAGCACAGGGACAAACCUGGUGCUUGCUGCCAGUCACACUGAACGAAAUUCCUCAUCAGUCAGUGAAGCUGGUACACACAUCACCACUACCUCACCUUCAUCAUCCACACAAUCACCAUCUUUUACCAUAGCUACCACUGCCACUUCAUCUUCUGGACUAACGCUUUCUCUUGGCACACAGUCGUCAGCUUCAUGUAAUCCGAACCACGUUUCUAUAGCAACAAGCUUAGACAGUCACUCGAGUGAAGUGUCAUAGCCAAGCUCUGCCUUGUACUUGACUUGAGCAACACUCACUAAUGAGAGUGUUUUAUAAUAUUGUUUGUCUGCCAGUGUGGAAGUUUUUCUUUUUUUUUUUUCUGUAUUGAUGCAUGUCUGAGCAUUGGUGUAAAUGUGAAUGCUGCCACAUUCUGUGUGCAACCUUGUCUACCUCUUAACUACUUAACCACAAAUUUGAACUAUUAGCUGUUGCUAUACACAUAGCACAGCUCAACAGUGCAGUACUCUAUCUUAUUACAACAAUACAAUACAGUACAGGUUUUCACAUUAUUUCAACACAUGUAAUAUAUAUAUAUAUAUAUAUAAUUUAAAAAUAGGAUAAAUUCUUCAUAAGAAAUUAUCAAGUAGUUAGCGUGAAAAACCUC